AUGUGGGAUCCAACGCACGUUCAAGUAACUGUACAAAGAGCUCGCAAUUUACUUAUCAAAGGAAAAAACGGUACUAAUAACUGUUUUGUUACUAUUUCACUCGGCAAAGAAAAAUUUCAAACUUCCGUGAAACACAAAGCUACGGAAAAUGUUGAGUGGAUUGAGGAAUGUGAAUUACAUAUACCCUCGCAGGGAAAUACAGCAGAGAUUGUUUUGAAAGUCUUUACUGAAGACUACCUCAAAGACCACUUACUGGGUCAAAUUUCGAUUCCGUUAAAAGACCUAGAUGUGAAUGACCGCGCUAGAAAUCGCUGGUAUCCGCUGCGCGGUAAACCUGGGAAGGAAUCUGAUAAAAAUAGGGGUGAACUGGAAGUGAAAAUAGCAUUUUUAGUAAAAGAAGGCAGUUUGUCAGAUCUUUCAAAAAAAGACAAACAUAAAUCUUCGCUGGGUAGUUUGGCUCACAAUGUGGGAGGCAGUCUUAUGAGUAUUGGAAGUAUUGAAAAACAUACUUCUACUCCUAAGAAACCAGUAGGUGAAGCUGAUCCAGGUGUAAUAAGUGAAGAUGAAGAUGAAUUUGCUUUUGAUGAUUUAUCUCAUAAAAGCUCAGGUAGUUCACUGAAUGUUCAAACAUCAUACAUGCCCCGUAUAGCGAAGUAUUCGCCAUCUCCUGUAAAUGCUUCCUUAGAAAAUUUAGGAGGAGGUGAGUUUUUGAGAAGAUCAACUAGUAGCAAUUUAGUUGUAACAGAAAGGACAGCACCCUCAAAACCAGUUCGCUUAAGUCUUGAUACAUUUAAUUCUCCCCAGCUUCCAAUACAGCACAUAGGUGAUGAUGAAUGGUCACAGAAACUAGUGCCCAGAAAGUCAAUGAGUCAAUUAGCUAUAGAUAGAGAAAAGUCUUCCAGUCUUGAAAGAAACAAAAAAUUAGACAGUCCAAGUUCACUCAAAGAAAAACCGAGCCCAAAAUUCUUUAAAAAAUUUGGUAAUAAUAACAAGCCUAAAAAAUUACUUGAAGAACGUAUCAUUGUUGGAGAAGAAAAUAUUGUGGAAGAAGAUUCAAUUAAUCCAGCAUAUAACAACAUUCCAAGGACAGUGCUACAACAAUGUGAUGGCAUGUCACGUGAAGACUUAAUUUUAAUGAUUUUCAACCUUCAAAAGGAUGUAGAAUCUGAAAAGAAAAAAAAUAAGGACCUUGAGAACUAUUUGGAUGAUUUACUUCUUCGAGUAAUGGAAACUACACCUAGAAUUUUACAAAAUCCAUAUGUCAGAAAUAAGAGCAUGCAUAUAAGAAAUAAAUGA